AUGCACAACCAAAGCUACAGGUUCAACCUCUUGGUCAGCUGGUGUUUCCUGUUAUCCAUCUCCAUCGUGAUUAUGGUUGCAGUAAUUGCUACAGGGAGCAACCAGAACAGAGAAACAGUGGAAAAAGUUAAUGAUACAGGCCAUGAUGCAUCUACUUUCGAAUCCCUUAGAGCUUCUAGGCCGAGCUCAGUAGAUCACAUCGAUCUUGUGAGGGCAGGAAACAGCAAGACAUCAUGGACGCUCAGCUCUUCAUGUUUCUGCGAUAACACCUCCCUGCUCCUGCAAAAUGACUCGGUCCUAAUUAAAACCGAAGGGCUUUACCACACCUAUGCCCAGGUCACCUUCAUAGACAGCGAACCAAGUAAAAGUACAACUGGGACAGUGACUUUGGUUGCAAACGAUCACGUGAAUGGCAAAACAGUCCGUAAACUGAGUGAGGCCGAGCAUGCACGUGGCACUGUGUCUAUGUCGCGGGUGAUCCUUCUGAGAAAGGAUGACCGUGUGAAACUGAACAUCUCACCAGAUUCUCUGAUACUGUCAAGGGAGCCUUCAAAAACAUACUGGGGUUUCUUCCUGCUUAAGAAGCAAGAGCACAAAUAAAUAGUUCCUAAUCUCAGGUCUAAUAAUACUGAAACAGACAGAGCUUAUGUCUGUGAGUCUCUAGCAGCACUGUCUGAUCUAGUAAGGUUCGAGUAACCUCUUUAUAUCAUGUGCUUUCUGUGUUUCAUGCUAGCACGGUCAGAGUCAUAAUGAGAGGUCAAACAGGGUAAACUCUCACUGACCUCAUUUAUAAAAUUGCUAGAGCCAGAGGUGACAUUGGUGCAGGGGAUGUAUUUAAUAAUGAAUAAUCUCAGAGUGUGAAGAUUGUAGAUCUGUCCAUA